UCGCCAAUUCAGGCAUUUUCUCACGCUCGCAAACGUUUGGCAAAUCGUGUGUGCUUGGCCAUUUUGCGCGCACAAACUGCAUGAAAAUUACGGAGUUAAUGUUUUAAAGUGCAGACUGGCAGCAGGAAUGGACGAAGAGUAUUCGGCGUCAUCUUCGGCCGGUGGCGGCGGUGCAGGCGUUGGCGGAAAGAAGGCCGGCAAACAGCACAACACGCUACCUUUCUGGGGCAACGAGACUUCAAUGAACCUGAAUCCACUGAUCCUCGCCAACAUCCAAAGUUCCAGCUACUUCAAAGUGCACUUGUUUAAACUGAAAACCUACCACGAGGUCGUUGACGAGAUCUACUACCAGGUGAAGCACAUGGAGCCAUGGGAGCGCGGAUCCCGCAAGACCUCCGGACAGACCGGCAUGUGCGGCGGUGUGCGAGGCGUUGGAGCGGGCGGGAUUGUGUCCACCGCGUACUGUCUGCUCUACAAGCUGUACACCCUGCGUCUGACGCGCAAGCAGAUCAACGGACUGCUCAAUCACACAGACUCGGCCUACAUACGGGCACUAGGGUUCAUGUACUUGCGCUACACACAGCCACCAGGGGACUUGUAUGACUGGUACGAGGACUAUCUGCAGGACGAGGAGGAGAUUGAUGUGAAGGCAGGCGGCGGCCAGGUCAUGACCAUUGGCCAGAUGGUGUACCAGUUUAUGACUAAGCUGGACUGGUUCUCCACGCUAUUUCCGCGCAUACCCGUGCCCAUACAGAAGCAGAUCGAGCGCAAAAUUGGAGACUACUGCCGCGAGCAGGGCAUCACCCAUAAUCAGCUGAGCUCGGGACGACCGGUCACGGUUCCCCCGGCUGGUGGGGCUGGAGCUGCGGCUGCGACCGCUGCUGCUGGUGGCCCCGAUGAAGACUACCAGGAAUACCAUGAGAGCGGUAAUGGUGGUGGUCACAGUCACGCUGGGGGAGACCGGGGAGGCGGCGGCGGUCGUGGCGGUGGACAGCCUAUGGCCGGCUUCGGCUCUCGUCAUGGAGUCGGAGGCUAUCCACCGAUAAACUACCGCAAUGAUCACGAUGAUCGCGACCACUAUGCCACCUCGUCGAGCUCGUCGUAUGCACGAGGUCGAGGCUAUGAAGUUCCACCGGCGCUGCCAUCGGCACCUAUGCCCUACUACACGUCUGUGGACCGGGAACGGGACCGGAUAAAGGAUCGUGAACAUGACCGUGACCGGAUGAAGGAUCACGACCGCCAACGCAGCAAGCACAAGAAAAAGCACAAGCACAGACACUACUCGCGCAGCCGAAGCAGAAGCAGAAGUCCCAGCCGCAAUCGCCAUCGCUCGGAGCGUCACGACCGCAAACGAGAUGCUGGUGGCGGUGGCGCAGACAGUGGGGGAUCCGGGAGAGGUGGCUUCGGUUCGGAGAGGAGUAGCAAGAGUCGACACAACGAUCACCCCGACGAUCGGGAGCGGGAUCGAGAGCGAGAGAGACGCCACCGGUGAUUGGCACACACUGGCACGAUCCACAGCCCUCUCACAACCACCUCGUCCUUCUUCAGCAGCUGUUUUGCUCUAAUUCAAUUUGUUUCCACAGAACUACUACACUACACAAUUAUUAUUUUUAUGUAAAAACCAGUUGAACUCAUUUUUGGAUAGCCCAGGAGGACUGGUGGGCUCGUACUCAGGUUAAACACAGACCUCGACACACACACAUACAGACAAAAAGCAGCAUGGCUAUAUAUAUAUAUAAAUAUAUUAAUUAAUUUGUGACUACCUACGCUCUUAAUGAUAAAUAGUUUCCAAGUUGUGUUUUAUGCUAAUAAAG